ACAAAAGCAAAAAAAAAAAGGAAGAAACGAAAAAAACUCUACGAUCAUUAUCUAGAAUUUUUUUUAAACGGUCGUUAAGUCUUAAGAAAAGCGAAAGAGUUUUACAUUUUUUGUUUGAUAGAAGAAAGAAAAAGCAAGAAAGCAAAAAAAAAAAAAGAAAAGAAAAGAAGCAAAGAAGCAGAGAAGCAGUUUUGCACUUAUUCAGCCUGUGUUGUGUUAAUAGAUCAACGCAGUCUGAUUAUAUUUUCAAUUUUUUUGGCAGAGAAAUUUUCGCAAUCAUUCAUAACCUAAGAAGAAGACGUAGAAAAAAGAAAAUACAAAAGAUGAACUUGACUUAUCUAUUAUUAGGCCUACUGGUGUUUGCCAGUAGUCGUGGCUCCCAUGCUCGAGCCAUAGACGAUUUGGAUAAUUCCAUUGAAAUGGUGGAUGACAAGCCAUCUUCGCAAGCCAUGCUUCAUACCCGUAGCCGCCUGGGCCAAGAUUGGAUAAGAUUUAUAAAAACACCUCCAGGAAAAAUUAUGCAAACUAUCGGUUCCCCAGUGGAAAUUGUUUGUGAAAUUAUGGGCUCUCAAAUACCCACAGUACAAUGGGUUGUCGGUCAUUUACCUUUGUCAGAGAUUGACAGCAUCGAAUCGAAUGUUAUAUCCGAAUCGAGCUCAAGUGCUAUAGUUAAAGUGCGAUCGGUACAUGUUAUCGAUCAUAUGCUGAGUGAACCUCGCACCUAUACCUGUGUUGGACGUACUGGAUCGAAAACCGUUUAUGCCUCAACUAUUGUUUAUCCGCAAACAGAUUUUAAGGACUUAGUACAAAUACGCGAGAAACCUUUUCGCGGACCGUUUAGACCUCGCAUUGUUUAUAGUGAACGUAUGCAUCUGGAUUUGGUUGGAUCAAAUGUCGUAUUACCUUGUAAGGUGCAUGCUCGCCCCAAGGCGGAAGUUACGUGGUUAAAUGACGAAGGAAAUCGCAUAGAACAAAGUCAUCGCAUCAAAUUGCUACCAUCGGGUGAUUUAUUAAUAACGAAUAUUAAAUGGGAGGAUAUGGGUGCUUAUAAGUGUGUAGCCCGUAACGGUAUGGGUAAAGAUUCCAAUGAUGUUUUCCUUUAUCCUGUGCAGAAAGAAGUCGAGGACCAAUAAAUACUUACUUAUUAUGCCAGUGAGCGCUUAUACUACUUACAUAACGUUAAGUACAAAUCUUUCCCUUUUUAACUGUGGCUUAAAUAAAUUACAGUUAUCAGCAAUUUAGCAAAAUGUUCAAUUUUUAAACAUUAAUAUCAUAAAUCAUAAAUAGCUUAAACAAAAACUAUUGUGCUAAAGCUACCCCACCUUGAAAUAUUAUCAGCACAUGCAA